AUGUCGCAAAAAAACACGAGUUUUCCUAGAUUUCCGUUGAGUGCAGAGGCUGCUAGAGCCAACAAGAAGCUUGAUUUUGAUGGUAAACCUUUCACAUCUUUUGUACAUUUUGGUGGAUUUAUCUGGUUACAAUCAACAAUUGCUAGGGACUUGAAAACCUUGCCACGCCCAUCAAAUGUCCACCUGCACUUCCCAUUUGAAAAGUUCGGUUUCGAGGCCUUGGUCAAGCCACUACCUCCUGCCCCUCCUGGUUAUCAACCACCCGUCCCAUUCGAAGUGUUGGCCGAAAACCUUCGCCACGAUCUCAUUUUCUUUGGUACCCCACAAGCUAUUAUGAACACGUUCCUUCCCUCCGAUUUGUUGUCGAUGGUCGAAGAAGCUGGCGUCAGAUUAGCUGGAUCAGUUCAUCUACAAGCUGGUUGGGAGCAAGGACCACUUGGCGAAGUGGGAGAGACCAAAUGGCUUCAGGAAGAAGUAAAUGCUCCUAGUAAAGGACAGGUUGCGACUGGGAUUGUUGGAAUGGUCGAUUUGCUCAACAAUACGCCUGAAACUGUACGGGCGCAACUGAAGGCUCAUUUCCAGUAUUCGGCCUUCAGAGGAAUUCGAUACAUCCUAGCUCAUCCGCGAGCUGGCAUGAACGACUUUACAUUCAAUCCUAGAGACAAUUUAGUAGAUGACCCUACAUUCCUAAAAAACUUUGCUGUCUUGGAGGAAUUCGGUGCCGAGUUUGAUUUGUAUUGCUACGGUCAUCAGUUACAUCAGGCAAUCAAAUUAGCUAAAAAGUUCCCGAAUAUUCGUAUGGCGCUCAACCACUUUGGCACACCAAUCGAUGUUGCCAAUGACAAGAAAGUAUACAAUAAAUGGGUGGAAGACAUGAGAGAACUAUCUAAAUGCCCAAACGUGUACUGCAAACUGUCUGGGUUGAUGGUACCACUAGGAUUCCGCGAAUUCUUGUAUAAGAAACCAUGGAAUACUGCUGGUCCCACGGCACGUGAAAUUGCUGACUCGGUAUAUGGCGAUAUGAUCAAAACGACUGUGAAGCUGUUUGGUGUUGAGCGAUGCUUCUUUGGAUCCAACUUCCUCGUGGACUGGGCCUCUGCUAGAUAUGGCGAGUUGCUAGCUAGCUAUGUCCUUUCAUUGGAGGAUAUGGGUGUUACAUCAAAAGCAGAUUUGCGCAAGAUCUUUAGAGAGAAUUGCGCCAGGUUCUACAAGUUGACUUUAACCGAUGAAGCUAAGCUUUAA